AAUACUUAACUGUAAUCGAGAUUUUAACUGUCACAACAAGUCAGUUCUAGUGAGAUUAGCGUUAGUAGAGUGCGUGGAGUUUCUAAGUGGUGUUUGUAAUUUAAUAAUAAAUAAAUAUAUAUCUAUUUAUUUGCCUGUUGAUUAAAUAUUUGUAACUUGAUAAGGUUUUGAAUUAAUUCUGAAGCUAGUCAUGUAUGAGGCUGAAGAUGAAAACUUUGAUGAAGAUGAGUCAGAAGAAAUAACUGCCGAUUUAUGGCAGGAAGCCUGCUGGAUUGUGAUCAGUGCCUAUUUUGAUGAGAAAGGUCUGGUGCGUCAACAGCUGGACUCCUUUGAUGAGUUCAUCCAAAUGUCUGUGCAGAGGAUUGUCGAGGACACCCCUCAGAUAGAUUUGCAAGCUGAAGCGCAACAUACAAGUGGAGAAGUAGAAACUCCACCUCGAUACUUGGUUAAAUUUGAACAGAUCUAUUUAUCCAAACCAACACAUUGGGAGAAGGAUGGUGCUCCUAGUCCUAUGAUGCCCAAUGAAGCUAGGCUGAGAAAUUUGACUUAUUCUGCUCCACUUUAUGUGGAUAUCACAAAGACUGUCAUUAAAGAAGGUGAGGAGCCAGUAGAAACUCAACUUCAAAAGAGCUUUAUUGGAAAAAUUCCUAUCAUGUUAAGAUCUACCUACUGUCUUUUAAAUGGCCUCACCGAUAGAGAUUUGACAGAGUUGAAUGAGUGUCCUUUAGAUCCUGGUGGCUAUUUCAUAAUUAAUGGAUCAGAAAAGGUUUUGAUUGCACAAGAAAAAAUGGCAACCAACUCUGUGUACGUCUUUCAAAUGAAGGAUUCUAAGUACGCCUAUAAAUCAGAAUGCCGGUCUUGUUUAGAGCACUCGUCUCGUCCCACCAGCACAUUAUGGGUAAACAUGCUUGCCAGAGGGGGGCAGGGUGUGCGUAAGAGCGCUAUUGGACAGAGAAUAAUUGCUAUAUUGCCAUACAUUAAGCAAGAAAUCCCCAUCAUGAUUGUGUUCAGAGCUUUGGGAUUUGUAGCUGAUCGAGACAUUCUGGAGCAUAUUAUCUAUGACUUUGAAGAUCAGGAAAUGAUGGAAAUGGUUAAACCAUCUUUGGAUGAAGCUUUUGUCAUUCAAGAACAGAAUGUGGCACUGAACUUUAUAGGUUCUCGUGGUGCUCGUCCAGGUGUCACAAAGGAAAAGCGUAUUAAGUAUGCAAGAGAAAUUUUGCAGAAGGAAAUGUUACCUCAUGUUGGAGUCAGUGAUUUCUGUGAGACUAAGAAAGCUUAUUACUUAGGUUACAUGGUUCACCGAUUGUUGUUGGCUGCCCUGGGAAGGAGAGAGUUGGAUGACAGAGAUCACUACGGUAAUAAGAGAUUGGACUUGGCAGGUCCCCUUCUAGCUUUCCUCUUCAGAGGCUUAUUUAGGACUUUAACAAAAGAAGUCAGGAUGUAUGCCCAGAAGUUCAUUGAUCGUGGGAAAGAUUUCAACCUGGAGUUGGCCAUCAAGACAAGAAUCAUCACAGAUGGGCUGAGGUACUCUUUAGCCACUGGAAACUGGGGAGAUCAAAAGAAGGCUCAUCAAGCAAGAGCUGGUGUCUCACAGGUGUUAAACAGGUUGACUUUUGCUUCAACACUUUCUCAUCUAAGGCGUGUCAAUUCACCCAUUGGCCGUGAUGGUAAACUAGCCAAGCCACGGCAGCUUCACAAUACUCUUUGGGGUAUGAUAUGUCCUGCUGAAACUCCAGAAGGGCAUGCUGUAGGCUUAGUGAAAAACUUGGCUCUUAUGGCCUACAUUUCAGUUGGAUCCCAGCCAUCUCCGAUUCUAGAGUUUUUAGAGGAAUGGAGUAUGGAGAAUUUGGAGGAAAUUGCACCUUCUGCUAUUGCUGAAGCCACAAAAAUAUUUGUAAAUGGCUGUUGGGUAGGCAUUCACAGAGAUCCUGAUCAACUGAUGAACACUUUGCGUAAACUUCGUAGGCAGAUGGAUAUCAUUGUGUCUGAAGUAUCCAUGGUAAGAGAUAUUAGAGACAGAGAAAUUCGUAUUUAUACAGAUGCAGGACGAAUUUGUCGCCCACUACUUAUUGUGGAGAAUCAAAAACUUUUGCUGAAGAAAAGACAUGUGGAUCGCCUGAAAGAGCGUGAAUACAACAAUUACAGUUGGCAAGAUCUUGUAGCAAAUGGUGUUGUUGAGUACAUCGACACCUUAGAAGAAGAAACUGUAAUGUUGGCCAUGACACCCGACGAUCUUCUUGAAGACAAAGGCCAGGCCUAUUGUUCAACUUACACGCAUUGUGAAAUCCACCCUUCUAUGAUUUUAGGAGUCUGUGCUUCUAUCAUUCCAUUUCCAGAUCACAAUCAGUCUCCUCGUAAUACUUAUCAGUCUGCUAUGGGUAAGCAAGCUAUGGGUGUCUACAUCACAAAUUUCCAUGUUCGAAUGGAUACACUGGCUCAUGUACUGUAUUAUCCUCAGAAGCCUCUUGUGACAACAAGAUCUAUGGAGUAUCUUAGGUUUAGAGAAUUGCCUGCUGGAAUUAACUCCAUUGUUGCCAUCAUGUCCUAUACUGGCUACAACCAAGAGGAUUCUAUCAUUUUAAAUGCCUCUGCCAUUGACAGAGGAUUCUUUAGAUCUGUAUUUUAUCGUGCUUACAAAGAUGCUGAACAAAAGCAGAUUGGAGAUCAAGAGGAACAAUUUGAAAAGCCAACAAGAGAAACAUGCCAAGGUAUGCGUAAUGCUAUUUAUGAUAAAUUGGAUGAUGAUGGCAUUAUCGCUCCCGGUACCAGGGUUUCCGGAGACGAUGUCAUUAUUGGGAAAACCAUUACACUGCCUGAAAAUGAUGAUGAGCUGGAGAGCACUACUCGCAGGUUUGUGAAAAGAGAUGCCAGCACGUUCUUGCGGAACAGUGAAACUGGAAUUGUCGACCAAGUCAUGCUGACCCUCAACUCUGAUGGUUAUAAAUUUUGUAAGAUCAGAGUGCGUUCUGUGCGUGUACCCCAGAUUGGUGACAAGUUUGCAUCCAGGCAUGGUCAAAAAGGAACUUGUGGUAUAACAUACCGUCAAGAGGAUAUGCCAUUUACUGCUGAAGGAUUGACGCCUGACAUUAUCAUCAACCCCCACGCCAUUCCAUCUCGUAUGACUAUUGGUCAUUUAAUUGAGUGCCUCCAAGGAAAAGUUUCAUCAAACAAAGGAGAAAUUGGAGAUGCUACACCUUUCAAUGAUACUGUCAAUGUGCAAAAGAUAUCCAAUCUUCUUCAAGAAUAUGGGUAUCAUCUGCGUGGAAAUGAGGUAAUGUACAAUGGCCACACAGGCAGAAAAGUGAAUGCCCAGAUCUUUUUAGGCCCCACCUACUACCAAAGAUUAAAGCAUAUGGUGGAUGACAAAAUUCAUUCAAGAGCAAGAGGUCCUGUCCAAAUUUUGGUUAGGCAGCCUAUGGAAGGAAGGGCAAGAGAUGGAGGUUUGCGUUUUGGAGAAAUGGAACGUGAUUGUCAAAUAGCUCAUGGUGCUGCUCAGUUCUUAAGAGAAAGGUUAUUUGAAGUCUCUGAUCCAUAUAGAGUUCACGUAUGCAAUUUAUGUGGUCUUUUAGCCAUUGCAAAUCUGAAAAACAACACUUUUGAAUGCCGAGGAUGCAGAAAUAAGACACAGAUAUCUCAAGUAACUAUACCAUACGCUUGCAAGUUACUCUUUCAAGAGCUUAUGUCGAUGUCCAUAGCACCUCGAAUGAUGGUGAUCUAAAAGCCCAAAGACUUGACCUAAAAACUUGUAUAACAUUUUGUUUUUGGAACCGAUGUUAAGAUUUUCAUCCAUCACCUGAAAUAAUGACGACUUAAAACAAUUGCUUGAAUUGAUUCUCUUCAUUUUCUUUUAAACCAGAACAAUUAAAAUCAUGUGUCAUUUGUAUUGUAUUUUGUAUAUUCAUAUAUUAUAUCAUGCCUCAAAUAGUUUCGGUAUCAUUUUUUUCCCCUGAUUGUAUUUGAGUAAUGGUUUACUUCUGAACAUGUAAAUAUUUGUGCAUAAUAAAUCAUAGUUUUGAAAGAAAAAA